UGAUAUCAAACAGUGUUAGGAAAUCAUGUCACGUAACGGAAGCGUUCUCGUCAAGGUGGUGUUCAAAGGCAAGAGCCUACAGACGGAACUGGACAGGGAGUGUUCGUUAGAAGACUUCUCCCAAGAGAUACGCGUUCUCUGUAGACUCGACGAUGGGCAGGAAUUCACUAUGAAAUGGGUCGACGAGGAAGGCGACCCUUGCACUAUCUCUAGUCAAGAUGAACUGGAGGAGAGCGUCAGAUUGUUUGACAAUAGCCGCGAGUCGGAAAUAACUUUGCAUGUGUUCGAUACGUUACCUGCUGCACCCGGCCUGCCGUGCGAAGGAGAAGACUGGUCAGCAUAUAAACGUAGAGGGGCUCGGCGAUGGAAAAAGUUGUACAGAAUUAAUGGACAUGCAUUUGCAGCAAAGAGACUUUAUAGCGCCUUUUGUCUCUAUUGUCGAGACAGAAUUUGGGGUUUAGGAAGACAGGGAUAUAAGUGUCAAAACUGUAAGCUGGUGGCUCACAAGAGAUGCUUGAAAUUUGUCAGGACGAUCUGCGAAGGACAUCCGCCUUUGGCAUCGACGAUAUCUGCGCCUCAUCUAGAGCCUGUGAACGAGAGUGAUCAUGGUGGAAGAAGGAAUAAGGGAUAUUUAAAUUAUCAGAAUGGAUCAGGAAGAAGUGCUGGGAGUGCUGGAAGUGCCGGGUCUCGGCGGUUGCAAAAUCGAUCUGAAUCUCCUCAUCAGUCUACCCUGCCUGGCAAGUCGCAGAUUUCAGUUGAUGAUUUUGAGCUGUUGAAUGUUAUCGGGAGAGGCAGUUACGCUAAAGUUCUAUUGGUUGAACUGAAGCGAACGAAAGUUUUGUAUGCAAUGAAAGUCAUCAAAAAGGAGCUUGUCAAUGAUGAUGAGGACAUUGACUGGGUCCAGACAGAGAAACAAGUAUUUGAACAAGCUUCUAAUCAUCCAUUCCUGGUUGGCCUUCAUUCAUGUUUUCAAACUGAGAGCAGGCUGUUCUUUGUUAUUGAGUACGUUGGAGGUGGUGACAUGAUGUUUCACAUGCAGAGACAACGAAGACUACCCGAGGAUCACGCUAGGUUUUAUUCAUCAGAAAUUUGCUGUGCCUUAAACUAUCUACAUGAAAGAGGUAUUAUCUACCGCGAUUUGAAGCUUGACAAUGUCUUGCUUGAUCCAGAAGGCCAUGUAAAGCUCACCGAUUAUGGAAUGUGCAAGGAGGGUCUUCGCCCUGGUGACACAACAAGCACAUUUUGUGGCACACCCAACUACAUCGCUCCUGAGAUUUUAAGAGGAGAAGACUAUGACUACAGUGUUGACUGGUGGGCUCUUGGUGUUCUGAUGUUUGAGAUGCUGGCGGGCAGGUCACCAUUUGAUGUAGUAAGCAGUAAUGAGAACCCUGACCAGAGCACAGAAGACUACCUCUUCCAAGUUAUUUUGGAGAAGACAAUUCGUAUUCCGCGUUCAAUCUCUGUAAAGGCUGGCAGUGUUCUCAAAGGAUUUCUCAACAAAAACCCAAAAGAAAGACUUGGCUGUCAUCCACAGACAGGAUUUGCUGACAUUAUAGAGCAUCCUUUUUUUCGACCUGUUGACUGGGAAUUGCUUGAACAGCGACAGUGUAGUCCUCCAUACAGACCAUGUGGUGAUGACGCCCGGGAUGUGACAAACUUUGAUCCUCAGUUUACAAGUGAAGCUGUGGAAUUUACUGCAGAUGACAGGAAAGUUAUCGAGGCAAUUGACCAAUCUGAGUUUGAAGGGUUUGAGUAUGUAAACCCUUUGCUGAUGUCUACUGCUGAUGAAGUGUAGGGCAUUUUUAGCACACUGUUUUAUUGACUGCAAUAUAUUCGUGAAUUUAAAGGGAUGUAGUACUUUUUAAUAUAUAAAUACUGUAUGUAAUACAGUGCUAUAGUGUAUGUAGCAGAAAGGAAUGAAAAUAGAAGAAGCUAAGAAAA